AUGGGCAAGGUUUGUGCUAUAUUCGGAGGAUCCCGAGGAAUAGGAAAAUCUGUUGCAGAAUUACUGGCACAGAAAGGCUGCCGCCUGGCGAUUAUUGCUAGAAAUCUGGAAGUAGCCCAAACCACUGCACGUAAUCUUGGUGCAGGACAUGUGGCACUUAGCUGUGAUGUAUCCAGUGAACAAGAAGUCCAACAUACAUUUGAGGAGAUGCAGAGGAAUUUAGGACCUAUUAACUACUUGGUUAAUGCAGCUGGGAUCAACAG